AUGGCCAUCUUUAACUCACCGCGGUCAUUCCAGAAUGUCAAUGCCAUCCAGGCCCCGAUAGGCAUCAACGGCUUCUUCUCGGAAGGAGCCCAUUCCAGCCACCCCUCGUUCUUUCACCUAGUGCUCCUCGUCUUUGAAGCUGUACUGGAGGUGGUCUGUGUCAGUCUGCCUGGUUACAUCGCCGCUCGUCAUGGCAUGUUUGAUGCCGAUGCCCAGAAGCUUGUGGCAAAUCUCAACGUGACUCUGUUCACUCCUUGUCUCAUUUUCACAAAACUGGGAUCACAAUUGACCGCUGAGAAGCUGACCGACCUGGCUAUCAUCCCUGUCAUCUUCGUUGUCCAGACCUUCGUGUCAUACUUCUGCUCCUGGGUCGUCACAAAAUGCUGUGGCUUCAAAAAGCGCCAGUCCAAUUUUGUGGCUGCUAUGGCGGUCUUUGGCAACUCGAACUCCCUCCCUAUCUCCCUCGUGGUAUCGCUCUCGGCAACACUGAAAGGGCUUCACUGGGACCAGAUCCCCAAUGAUAACGAUGACGAAGUCGCCGCGCGUGGAAUUCUCUAUCUCCUUAUCUUUCAACAACUGGGCCAACUCGUGCGCUGGAGCUGGGGAUACCAUAUUCUCCUCGCCCCCAAGGACCGAUACUUCGAGGAAGCAGAGCGAGAGGAGACAGACAACUCAGUCAUCGAACAGGGUCAGGCUCGCUACACCGACAACCCUGCCCAAACAGACCCAGACGAGCCGCUCGUACGGACGCGCAGCUCAGACGAUCUACACGAUGAGCAACACGCGCACACCUCGCGCGACUUCCAAUCCGGAGACCAGACACCCGUGUCAACACGUGCAUACUCCUUCACCAAGCUCUCUCCGGCCCACUCCGACGGCCCAGACUCAGAUGAUACCCCAUCCGUAAUCGGACCACCACCAACCGGCCCCUUCCUCCCGCGCCAAAGCUCCCGGGGCGACAUCCUCCAGUUCCCGGACGUAGAAAUUACAGCCCGGGAAGCCCAAGAAGCAGAGCAAACCCGUGUCCAGCGCUGGAAGUCAUCUCUGCGCAAAUUCCGAGAGCGCCAUGGGCGUUGGUGGGAAAAGAAGACGAACGCGCUCCAAGCACGUCUCCCACCCAAGCUCCAGAAGGGUAUCUCCUCAACUAGCCGUGGCACACGCCGUUUCGUCAAUGGCUUAUGGGACUUCAUGAACCCGCCCCUAUGGGCAAUGCUAGUCUCGAUAAUUGUCGCCUCGGUACCAGCCCUGCAGCACCUCUUCUUCAACGAUGGCACCUUCGUCCGUAACUCGGUCACCCGCGCAAUCGAUCAGAACGGACAGGUUGCCGUACCGCUGAUCUUGGUCGUGCUUGGCGCGAACUUGGCGCGGAACACCCUCCCCGAUGAAGCACUCGAGGAUAUGGAACAUCCCCGUGAAGAGCGCAAGCUUAUCAUCGCUUCUUUGGUAGCACGCAUGCUGAUGCCGACUAUUAUAAUGGCACCGCUUUUAGCCCUCACGGCUAAAUUUGUGCCGAUUAGUAUUCUCGACGAUCCCAUUUUCGUUAUUGUCUGCUUCUUGCUUACUGGCGCCCCGUCGGCAUUGCAGUUGGCGCAGAUUUGCCAGAUUAAUAAUGUUUAUGUUGGGGCUAUGUCGAAGCUUCUCUUCCAGAGUUAUGUUGUCUGGAUCCUGCCGUCAACCCUCGUUCUCGUCAUGUGCGCCUUGGAAGUCGUCGAGUGGGCCGGUGCAUCCGCGUAA